GCUUGACUAAAAAGAUUUCACAACCAGGAGACCCUAUAAAAAAAAUCGAACAACUCGACUCAACACACUUUCUCGCUUCAUAAAAUCUUUGGUUCAUUUCUUGCGCAACACACAGUCUCAGCCCCUUCUCUCCACUCGCCGGUCUUUCUCUCUCUUCGCCGCAUCAGCUCGUCGGAAACUUCCAGUACCUUCAAUGGCGUCGGCGUCAGCGGCGGCGAUGUCGGAAGAUCCUAACUUCCAAGAAGACCAACUCGCCAAUUUGACCACUGAAGACAUCGUUAGGGCUUCUCGCAUUCUCGAUAACGAGAUUCGCAUCCUUAAGGAGGAUGUGCAGAGGACGACUUUAGAAUUGGAUUCAUUCAAGGAGAAGAUAAAGGAGAAUCAAGAGAAAAUCAAGCUUAAUAAGCAACUUCCUUACCUCGUCGGCAAUAUUGUUGAGAUCUUGGAAAUGAAUCCAGAAGAUGAAGCUGAGGAAGAUGGUGCUAAUAUUGAUCUUGACUCACAAAGAAAAGGAAAGUGUGUUGUGCUUAAAACAUCAACCAGACAGACAAUAUUUCUGCCUGUUGUUGGUCUGGUUGAUCCUGACAAGCUAAAGCCUGGUGAUUUAGUUGGAGUCAACAAAGAUAGUUAUCUGAUCCUGGACACACUGCCUUCAGAGUAUGAUUCUCGAGUAAAGGCAAUGGAGGUUGAUGAGAAACCUACUGAAGAUUACAGUGACAUUGGAGGCUUAGAGAAACAGAUCCAAGAGCUUGUUGAGGCUAUAGUUUUGCCAAUGACACACAAAGAGCGAUUCCAGACAAUAGGAAUCCGCCCACCUAAAGGAGUGCUACUUUAUGGUCCUCCUGGAACUGGGAAAACUCUCAUGGCAAGAGCAUGUGCAGCACAAACAAAUGCCACUUUUCUGAAGUUAGCAGGCCCUCAGCUUGUCCAGAUGUUCAUUGGAGAUGGAGCAAAGCUUGUACGUGAUGCUUUUCAACUUGCGAAAGAGAAGGCUCCUUGCAUCAUAUUUAUUGAUGAAAUUGAUGCCAUCGGUACCAAGCGGUUUGACAGUGAAGUGAGUGGUGAUAGAGAAGUGCAACGAACUAUGUUAGAGUUGCUAAAUCAGCUUGAUGGUUUUAGCAGUGAUGAAAGGAUCAAGGUCAUUGCUGCUACCAAUAGGGCUGAUAUUUUGGACCCUGCCCUCAUGCGUUCUGGUCGAUUGGACCGUAAAAUUGAAUUUCCUCACCCUACUGAAGAGGCUAGAGCUCGAAUUCUGCAGAUCCAUUCAAGGAAGAUGAAUGUUCACCCAGAUGUGAACUUUGAAGAAUUAGCUCGGUCGACAGAUGAUUUCAAUGGAGCACAAUUGAAGGCUGUCUGUGUAGAGGCAGGCAUGUUGGCUCUUCGCCGAGAUGCCACUGAGGUGAACCAUGAAGACUUCAACGAAGGCAUCAUUCAAGUUCAAGCUAAGAAGAAAGCAAGCUUGAAUUACUAUGCUUAGAGCUCUCUUUUUUUCUGUAAUAUCAGAUUUUAGCUAUUUUGCAAAUAGGCUUUCAUUGGUGAGCUUGGUGGCUCAAAGGUUCGUGGUGUUUUCCAAAGUUUCAAUAGAUGAUAAAUUUGGCUCAUUGAUGAUUCAACUACGAUUUAUUGCAUUACUUAAAUUCAACAUCUUCUCAGUAUUUUGAUCU